AUGUCCUCUACCAGUGCCGCUGACGACCGAAGCGUCGCCUCAACACCAAAGGGGUCGGCCGCCGUACUCCAGGUGGAGCGGCGUGACUAUGUCGACCUGGUACCGACACAAAGGGAGCGAGUGCACUCAAUGGACGGCUUCGACGACGUUUACACAGACAUUGUCGACUACAUCGUGCGGUGUACCCACCGUAUCUGGGAUGAGCGAGACAUUGGACUGAUCUACACUCAUUACACCAACAACUGUGUCCUGUACAGCACCAUGGCCACGCUGUACGACCGCGAGUCGGUCGUGCGGGAUACCAUUCAGCGUCUCGUCACCUUCCCCGACCGGGCUGUGAUGGCGACCCAGGUGGUGUGGGAUGGUGACGACAAGGACGGUUUCUACACGUCGCACCUCGUGACCGGUACCACUCGGCAUACGCAGUCUGGCCAGUUUGGCCCCGCCACCGGCAAAACAGUCGUCAAUCGGGUCAUGGCCGACUGCAUGAUCUACCAGAACCGCAUCUACCGCGAAUGGGUCAUCGCCGACAACAUGGCCACCAUCAAGCAGCUUGGGCUCGACCCGACCCCCUUCGCCCGCGACGCCGCCCAGGAGCUGUUCGACAAGGGGCUCACCGCCGUCGACAUUGGCGACAACAGGCGGACGUUGGGUCAGGCGCCUCCCGUCGACGAGCCCGACACCUCCCUCGCCCACAACGACCUCGAGGUCGAAACGCUGUCGUGGCUACACCAUGUAUUCAACCGCCGCAUGUUUGGCCGCAUCGAGAAGGUCUACGCUCCCAACGCGCAGUACCAUGGCCCCAAAAUGGUCGAGCUAUACGGCCCGGCCGCCGUCAUGCAUCAGCACCUCAGUCUCCUCGGCUCCAUCCCCGAUGCCGUGUACAUGCCUCAGCAUAUCUGCUCCACCCCCUGCGAGGAAGGCGGCGUCAAGGUGGCUGUCCGGUGGGUCAUGGAGGGUCAUCACCUGGGUUAUGGUAUUCUGUCCGAGCUCGGCAAACCUACGGGUCAGCGACUGCAGAUCCUAGGCGUAUCGCACUAUCACUAUAAGAACGGCCGGAUUGUCGAUGAGUGGAACGUGUACGACGAGCUCUCUUUGCUCAUGCAGAUAGAGCUCGGCAAGAUGGUUGCGGCCGCCGAGAGGAAUGGUAGUGCCGUGUAA